UUUGCUCUCGUAAAACUUAUGUUUUAUACCACAUGUUUAAUUUAUAUUUUAUAAUAUCUUAAACUUUAUAUAAAUAUGGAAGAAGACGGCCAGUUUAGCGACUAUGAAGAAGAUUUAUCUGUUAAAGUAAAAUCAGUUCGUUUUGCCGAUCUGCCUGUAAUUCAUAAAGGCAAUAGUGAUGAUGAAAACGAUGAUGAUUUGGAUUCAGAUGACUAUUUCUAUGACUCUGAUGAUCCAACACAAGGUAGUAAAAAAAAGGAAAACGUAAAUCCACAAGCUCCAUCACAUAAAGUGAUCACGUACCAGCCAAGUGAGAAGUUAUUUAAGAAAUACAUAAACAAGAUCAAUGUUGAUAAAUAUGAACCAAGUUACUCUGAUAAUGCACAAAAAUUUAUGGAUUUAAACGAUCGAAAAGUGGAUAACGAAAGAAUAAGAAUGAAAGACAAACAUGACAGAGCCACAGCUGAACAAGUAAUGGACCCUAGAACAAAAAUGAUAUUAUUCAAACUCCUCAACCGUAGUAUCAUUAAUGAAAUAAACGGUUGCAUAUCUACUGGUAAAGAAGCAAAUGUAUAUCAUGCAACUUCAAAGGAUGGUAAAGACUAUGCAGUGAAAAUUUAUAAAACAUCAAUUUUAGUGUUUAAAGACAGAGAUAAAUAUGUGUCCGGUGAAUACCGUUUCAGAAAUGGCUAUUGCAGAUCAAAUCCUCGUAAAAUGGUAAGAACUUGGGCUGAAAAGGAAAUGAGGAAUCUUGUAAGAAUGUAUAAUGCACAAUUGAAUGUUCCUGAACCUAUAAUUUUACGUAGUCAUGUAUUGGUCAUGACCUUUAUGGGAGAAAAGGGCUGGCCCGCACCGAAACUAAAGGAUGUAGAAAUAUCACAGUCAACUGCAAGAUCUUUAUACAGAGAUUGCAUUACAAUGAUGUGGAAAAUGUUUAAUAUUUGUAAAUUAGUGCAUGCUGAUCUCUCUGAAUAUAAUUUACUAUACCAUAAUGGGAAUAUUGUGGUGAUUGAUGUAUCACAAUCUGUGGAACAUGACCAUCCCCAUGCAUUUGAGUUCUUACGGAAAGAUUGUACAAAUAUAUCGGAUUUCUUUAGGAAGAGAGGUGUUGCUACUUUGACUGUUAAGGAGCUUUUUGACUUCAUUACUGAUGCUUCAAUAAACGAAAGUAAUUUGGAAGAAUGUUUGGAGAAGCUAUCAGAUAAGGCUGCUUUAAGAAAUUUUGAGGAAAUGACGGCACAGGAGCAAGUAGAAGAGGAAGCAUUUAAAAACAUUUAUAUUCCUAAAAGGCUUACUGAGGUUAUAAACUUUGAACGCGACAUCAGCAAGGCUAAAAAAGGCGAAACCGAUGAUCUUACAUAUAAAAAAAUAGCUGGCUUCAAUGAGGACCUUACGGGAACAGUUGACAAACCUAAGAUAUUGCAAGAAGAUGAUGUGAAUGAUGAAGACGGCUCCGAGUCUGGCUCAGAAGACAGCUCUGAUGAUGAUGAUGAUGAUGAUGAUGAGAAUGGGAAAAAGGGCAAAUUUAAAAAUAGCGCUCGACCCAAGGAUGAGUCCCCGGAAAGUAAGAAAUCGAGGAAAAAAGCUGUCAAGGAAGAAAAAGCAGAGAAAAGAAAAACGAAAACCAAGAAACACGUUAAGAAAAGACGGGACAAGGGAAGUGGAAGAAAGUAAAAACAUAUAGAUUAUA